AAUCAAAUCUCCGCAUUCAUGCGCUUAUUUUGAAAAGUAAGAAAGAAAAUGUCGGACGUGGAGGGGUGAAAAUAAUUCAACAUUCCACGCAACAAAGAUGGCAACAAACGGAAGGAUGUCAGUUGUUGACGACUUGGUCAAGUUUCUAGAUACAUCCAUGAGCAAACUUCACCGAAUCUGGUCAGAGAUAGGAAUUGUGGAUUAUCAGAGGAAGGAGCGGGCCCAAACUGCCAUGCUACACUUACAGAAUCUUCUAAAGGACAUGGUACAGGAAGAAGAGGCCCUAAAACACCAGAUCACCAAGCGAAUCGACAAGUACACACAGGAAGUCAAAAGUCUCUGCACUGAGCUGGAAAUACCACAGUUUGAGCCCAAUGGUAAACUAUCUAUGUUGCAACGAGAGAAAGACCUUCGAGCAAAAGCCGAGUCUCUCACGCAGGAAAAGCAAGAGCGCUUAAAGACAUUAAAGCACUUAAAAGACCAAGAUCAGUAUCUGUGUGAUGCCAUGUGUUUAACUCCAUAUUACAUCCCCACCGGAUCCACUCCUUCAAUUGAGCAAUUAAAAUCUCUGGAGCAGCAUGUGAAUUCACUAAAAGCAGAGAAGGAAAAGCGUUUCAAAGAAUUUGUGUCAAAAAAGAAACAAAUUGUGGAAUUAUGUCGUGAAGUAGAUCGUAAUCCCCAGUCAGACUUUGAGUGUGAGGUUCUAUGUGAAGAGGACAAUACCUUCUUACUGUCGACAGAAAACAUGAAAUCUCUCAAAGUUCUGCUCACAGAGUUAGAGGAACAGAAAGAGGACAUGCAAAAAGAAGUAGGGGAUCUCUGGGAACGUAUUGACUGUCUGUGGGAUCGACUAGAGAUAUCAGAGGCUGAGAGAAGUCAAUUCAGAAAAGACAAGUCCGGCUUCAAACCUUCCCUUAUUGAAACACUUAAAGCUGAGAUAGCACGAUGUGAGAAGCUCAAAUUUGAGAACAUUCAGCGAUUUGUGGAGGGAAUGAGGAAGGAAAUAGUAGAGUGGUGGGACAAGUGUUUCUAUAGUCGAGAGCAGAGAGAAAACUUCACUGCGUAUUUUAAUGAGCACUACACUGAGGCUGUGUUAGAGGAACAUGACAAGGAAUUACAGAAACUAAAGACGCACUACAAAGAUUACAAGCAGAUGUUUGAGAGUUUGGAGAAGUGGGACUCCUACUUCCGACAGAUGAUUGAGAUGGAGAGGAAAGCAAAUGAUCCUAACAGAUUCAACAACCGAGGAGGCAAAUUACUGCAGGAGGAAAAGGCCAGAAAAAAGGUCCUUAAGGACCUGCCCAGGAUUGAAGAGGAGUUGAAAGAAUCCGUGAUAAGAUGGGAGGCAGAUAAUGGUCGACCCUUUCUUGUGGAGGGUGUGGCUUUGGAUGAGUAUGUACAGAGACAGUGGAUAGCUUAUGAGGAGCAGAAAGUCAAGGAAAAGGAACAAAGGCACAAAGCCAAGGCUCGUCUUAUGGAAGAGGAAAUGAUUUAUGGCAGCAAGCCAUCCACUCCUGCCAAGAAAAGGUUCCUAACUACUCCCACAAAGACCCCAUCUAAACUGAGGAAGUUGGCAGAUGGAUCCAGUUCAGGGAUAUCAGUUCAGCUGAAUGACACAACCAAGACCCCAAUGUCCUGUAGUAAAAUCCAACACAGCAGUGUGUUUGCCUCACCCUCAAUGCGUGCCCCCAUGUCGGCCAGUAAAUAUACACCUGGUUGCAAGACCACACGACGAAGAUCCUUACGUGGAAAUCGUAAAGUUUUGUCAGAGCGGAACACUGGUCCCCCAAACUCUGCCUUGUUUAGCCAUACGACGGUAAGCAGUCACGGACAUACCGCCCCCGCCGCCCACAACGAUGUGUCGAUGGCCUCCAUGGGAACUUAUCAAGAUUUUGAAUCAGGAAUUCAAAUGAAUAGUACCUUAACAUACAGAAGGAAACCACCAAUAGGAAUUUGAACCAGCCUGCUAGAGCGUCCUGUAGAAGUAGUAUGAUGCCCCGUGGGAGCCCCAGUAAGUGAAUUGUACACACUCUGUAUAUACUGUACAGUGUAUAGAUGUGUAAAGACACCUACAGUAGUGCAAUAACAGACAUCUUACAAUGGCCGCAGCAACUACUCAUUUCAUUACAGGUUGUUUCAAUUUCUUGUAAUUUUUAUUGAUAACUUAUAUUUUAAAACCAUGUCACAAAAUUUUAAAACUGUAAUAGUGUUAGUUUGUUUCAGUGUACUUCUAGAAAUCAAAGUGGGAGUGGAAGCUCACAGUGUAUAGUGUUCACUGGUUCUAGUUUUUUACUAACUCACCCUUUUUCUGUAACUAGCAGAUACACUGUACAAUAAGUUUUAUGUUAUGUAAACUAGGAAUUUUCACUGCCAGCAUAUGUUUAUAUAGGUGGAUGUGAAUUGUAAAGUGUUGUUUCAAGGACAGUUCAAAAGAAAGAAAAAAAUUGACAGAAACAGAAUAUAUUAUGUAUACUGAAUACCUGGGUGACAAUUUGUUGUACGUGUAAUUUCUAUACACAGUUAUCUUUCUUUAUGCUCACUCUUCUUUCUUCAGAAUCUCCAUCUUCAGGUUCACUUACUAUGUAUAUAUGUAAAAAUAUAGACUUAACAUAUUUAAUGAUACUUUGGCAUUGAUGUUAUGGUGUAGAUUUUUUUUAAAAGUGUGCUUUUGACAUGAGCUAAAUGUAUUUUAUAACAAUGAGAUUAAUUAAUUUUAAUCAAUGAAGUUAAUUUAAAGUAAGCCUAAUUGUUUGUGAAAACUUCAGAAUGGAUGAAAAUGUCAAAUAAUUUAAAUAAUUAAAGAAUGUAUAAAAUUUAA